UCUAUGUGGUAAACUUAAGAUACCCAUGUCAUAUUGUGACAUGGCUUCAUAAUGCCAGACCUAUCAAUUAUGAAGCCAUGCAUUUGUCUUGGGAGCAAACACACAUCGUCCGUGCUUCUGUGCAUGAGGGCACAUGCGCGCUUCUGCAAAUGUGUCUCUCCGCACAUGCGUGUUUUUGUGUGUAGAAAUAAUAUGGUUGGCCACCAAAGCCCAACCAAACCUAAUAUAGGCAACCCGGACUCAGUUUUACUCAGGUUGGGUUGGUUGGCCCAUGCGUCGGUCUGACCCAUUGCUAAUAUUACUCUUAGGCUGCUUCAAGUUGCCUCAUUUGAGAUUAUAUACUUCCUAGUUAUCCCACAUGCUGAUGUCAGCAUCAUCAUCUUUGUUAUGUGCAUCCUCUUCUCACUCCUCCCAACUUACGUUGAGUCUCAUUGGCACAUGAGAUGAUCACACACCACUCUAUUGGCACUUCUCUGCUUCAUGCCUUCAAUCCCCAAGCUUCUCGUCUCCAAGUAUUACCUAUUAUAUUAGGGUCAAAACCUCUGAAGCAUUGUUGGCAGGAGUAAAUGAUGGAGAGCUGUUAUAAAUGGUUUGAUGAUGUGCAACAAAAACCAAAGGUAGCUCCAUAAAGAGGGGAACUUGUUUAAAGUUGAAGGGCCAAAAAAGAGGACGAGAGGAAAACCUGAAAGGGCAUGAGUUGAGGUGGUUACAACUUACAAGGGAUAUGAAGGUUGAAAAAAUUGCCGAGUUUAGGUCCUUCAAGACUCUCUCUCAUGUGAAAUCGAAUGUUUGUUUUACUAGACUUUACUGAAUAUUAAUUCUUUGAGAGUACCUACAUAAUUAUUUAUAAAUCCUUCAUGAAUGCCUAGGGGCUUGGGAAAGAAACUAUCGAGUUCUCUAAUUACUGAUUUGGAUCUUUAUAGUUGUAAUGUAAAUGCAUUCCCUUGACAUAAUCAUUGAAAGCCACUAUAUAUUUAAUGUUGUCUUUGUUUUUUGAUGUAUUUCUGUUGUCACUAACCUUUGGAUCUUUUUUUUUUUUUUUCCCCUGGAAGGUGCUUAGGAGAAUGGUGCCGUAUGCCCGAAGCAGUGCAGACCUUCUAACGAAGUUGAUUCUAGAGGGCCAGACGGAUCCUUAUAGGUGGGAGUGCCUGUUCCGGCCUCCUUUGAACAGCUAUGACGCUGUAAUUCUUCUACACAACGAUAAACUGCCUUAUCCUCAACGCCUUCUUUUCCUAUCUGAGAUGAACCAAGGUUUGCAUGUCAUUCAAGGGAAUGCAAGCAAGGAUUUCCAUCCCUACAUAUCGUUUGUAAAUAAACAACAGAGCUUUGACGAAAUAAGGAAUAAGUUGAUGGUGAACUUCGAUCCAACCAGUUGUUUUGUUGAGGAUCUAAAGAGAAAGUUCCCUGACACAUUCAAGGUCUGGUAUGAUACUCUUAGAGGCGAUGCCAUUGGCCUUACUUGGGCGAAAUCAGGGUUAAAGAAACGGCAGCAGGAAGAAUGUGAGGUUGCACAAGAUACAAUAGACAUACUCAAGGAGGUGGGUGAGGUAGGUAAAGGGUUUGUGAAGAGUGUUUAUUAUCUCAAAGCCCCAAGGAUUCAUGGCUAGAUGUACUUGAAAACCCUUUGUCUGUCGGCAUUUCUUUCGUGGCUGGUACACAUUAUUUUUUGUUAGUUACAGCAGUGUAUCAGUCAAAUUAGUUUUUUGAGGAA